CACGAAGCCGCACUUAAACCUCUACCGCAGCUUGCCGCUACAGGUUCAGCUAUCCCUAGACUGCGGUUUCUCGCUCACAUUCUCUCUCUCUCUCUCUCUCUCUCACACACACACACGGGCAAUGCUUCAUGGCACACUAAGUGUUUCCACAGGGUUCGUCGCAUGCAAGCCACUUCGCCACCUGCAUGAAAUCCAUCACAGUUUUCCGUAACAAUGCUCUUCGAGCUGUAAAUUCCUGAUAACCAAGCUCCAGGGACGCACGGCUGGCAUCCGGUACUGUUGGUAGUGACGAAAGUUCAAAUUUCUUUGAGCAUCUGCUGUCAAUGGUUGUUGGUCUCGUUCUAUUCCGACUUCAGAUCUGAUCGUCAGAUAUUCAAUUUCGCAUUUGCGAAUUUUCAUCAAACGCUCGCACAGAUUUUAGAGGGUUUCACUGCCAACGACCUUGUAGUGGCACGUCCAUCUGUGGGCCGGAACCGCACGCGUCGUAGCGCGUAGCAUGGCCUCUCAGUUGGAGAGGAGCGCUUCGACUGUGCGGGAGAGCAUGGCGGCUUUUCAGCGGUCGGCCUCUUCCGUGAAGCUGGAUUGUAGCAGCACUCCCAUUUUGCAGCGGACGAAUUCCAUGCUAUCCUCGGAGACGAAGCUGAAGGCUGCCCCGAGCACAUUGGUGAAGGAUCAGGUCGCCAACCCUGCCAUCAGGAACCGGAACGUCGUGAUCGGAUUGCUGUCGUGUUUGCUGAUUCUGGCUGUGUCGUGGCAUUCCAUGUCGCCCGAAGGCGUCCCGGCGGAUUCGUUCGAUGCCGGGAGUGGUCAGUCGGCGUGGUCUCACGGGGGCAGGGCGAUGCCAUACAAGGAGUUCGUGCAGAAGAGCCUUGUAGGGGGCAUGAAGUUUUUGGUGCAGGACCCGCAGAUCAAGAUGACGUAUCACAACGGGCCUCUUCUGACCGGAACGGGUGGCGUGUUGAAGGUGAAUGUGAUAUUCUACGGGGGGUGGAGCGAGAAGCAGAAGGCCAUAUUGACAGACUUUGUGAGGUCUUUCUCGAGUCCGAAACCCCGGACGCUUUUCCCGACGGUGGCGGGGUGGUGGGCGAUCUUGAAGAACUACAAGGACAGCAAGAAGGUGCCCGUGGCAGCCACCGUAACAUUGGGGAAGGUGUACACGGACUCCAAGUACAGCUUGAAGAAGUCUCUGGCGGAGUCGGAUAUCGAGAAGCUGGUGGUGGCGUCGCUGAAUUCGACGGGGGUGGAUCCGAACGCAGUGUACCUGGUGUUGACCUCUGCGGAUGUGGGCGUGCAAGGGUUCUGCAGCUCUCUGUGCGGAACCCACAGCUGGACUCGGUCGCCGGCCACGCAACACAAGGUGCUGCCAUUCGUGUGGGUUGGGAACCCGGCGACCCAGUGUCCGGGGCACUGCGCGUGGCCGUAUGCGAAGGCGGAGUACGGUGCGGGCCCAAACACGGCUCCGUUGAAGGCUCCGAACGGGGACGUGGGCGUGGACGGGAUGUGCAUCAGCAUCGCCGGCUUGUUGGCCGGGGCGGCGACGAACCCUCGGAACAACGGGUACUACCAGGGAGGAGCGCUGGACCCGCUGGAGGUUGCGACGGUGUGCGGAGGGAUCUACGGCGAGGGCGCGUACCCAGGGUAUGCGGGGAAGAUUCUGAAGGACAGGAACGGGGCGAGCUACAACGUGAACGGAGUGAACGGGCGGAAGUAUUUGGUGCCGUUCGUGUUCGACCUCAGGACGAAGAAGUGUGGGCUGCAGGGGUGAUUUGAGGCACGUCGACGACGACGUGGAGAUGGCGGUGGCGAAGAGUGUGCGAGGAGAAUGUGAUGGCCUUGGUUGGCAUCUGCGCGGCUGACUGCCCCGAAGAGGAGGCGUCCGGGGCCGCCGAUGGAACGAAGGGAUUGACAGAAGGGUGAUGAGUAUUGUUGUGAAGUGAGCAUGAUUUAUGGACCCCGGAUUCGUUGAGGACGGGGCGACAUGGUUUUGUAGGUUGUUGAUGCAAUAAGUAGCUGAGCAGUGUCACACGCGAAUGCAGCGGGUGGAUUGCCAGCGGUUCCUCUGGCAUUGUGACCUCCACGGAUCGGUUUGACCACCGCCCGUCGUUAAUGCAAUUGGGAAUAUAUUUUGGCUUUGCAUU